CGGGUCAGGGCGGUGGUGGGGCGGGAGGCGUUGGGGUCUCUCCGCUGCCCUGGCCGCCUGGGAGGAUUCAUUUCCCGUUAGUCAGGCUAUAGAUGCAGGGUGACUGCAUAACUGAAACAGUCACUUAAGAUGUUUUUCAAUUAUGCCCAAGUUUCUUCAGUGGAAACUGCCAGGGUAGCAACUUGAACUGAAAUUUCAUGCUUAACUGCUCUUCUCAUCUAACACCCUAUAUCCAAGAGGUUCUGACUCACCAGGAGUUCAUAUUAGCUAUUGAGGCAAGGCUGAGGAUGGAAGGUGUUGAAUUUAAGGAAGAGUGGCAAGAUGAAGAUUUUCCAAGGCCCCUACCAGAGGAUGAUAAUGUUGAAGCAGAUAUGCUAGCUGUAACUGGCCACCAAGGCCAGCAUGAAGUGAAUGGAAACAAAGUUAGGAAGAAACUAAUGGCUCCAGAUAUUAGCUUAACACUGGAUCACAGCGAGGAAUCGGUAUUGUCUGAUGAUUUAAAUGAGAGUGGGGAGGUCGAUUUGGAUGAUUUAGAUACUCCAUCUGAGAACAGUAAUGAGUUUGAAUGGGAAGAUGAUCUUCCAAAACCAAAAACUACUGAAGUAAUGAGAAAAGGAUCGCUUCCUGAAUACACUGCUGCAGAGGAGAGAGAUGACGGGCGACGCUGGCGUAUGUUCAGGAUUGGAGAACAGGAUCACAGGGUAGACAUGAAGGCAAUUGAACCCUAUAAAAAGGUUAUCAGCCAUGGAGGUUAUUAUGGUGAUGGGUUAAAUGCUAUUGUUGUGUUUGCUGUUUGCUUUAUGCCUGAAAGCGGUCAGCCUAACUACAGAUAUCUAAUGGAUAAUCUAUUUAAAUAUGUUAUUGGCACUUUAGAACUGUUAGUAGCAGAGAACUAUAUGAUAGUUUAUUUAAAUGGUGCUACAACACGGAGAAAAAUGCCAAGUUUAGGCUGGCUCAGGAAAUGUUACCAGCAAAUUGAUAGAAGGUUAAGGAAAAACCUGAAAUCGUUAAUAAUAGUUCAUCCUUCUUGGUUUAUCAGAACACUUCUGGCCAUCACAAAACCUUUUAUUAGCUCAAAAUUCAGCCAAAAAAUUAGAUAUGUCUUUACCCUGGCAGAGCUCGCUGAACUCAUCCCCAUGGAAUACGUUGGCAUACCAGAGUGCAUAAAACAGUAUGAAGAAGAAAAGUUUAGAAAGAAACACAAAAGAAUUGACCAAGAGCUUGAUGGGGAAACAAGAACAGAAAAGUGAACAAUAAGUUUGGAGUCCAGACAAGAAGGAAGACUGUGCAGGUGGAAUGAUCUGUUUUUUGUUUUUGCAUUUACAAUGCAUUCAUUAGCCUUUAUUAUGUAACCUGUUAUAAAAGGUGCCUUGAUAUAUCUCUGGACUUGUACACAAGGGACUGUUCUCUAAAGGAUUGGUUUGCAAAUCUUGGGUUUAAUUCUUGACUUUAAUAGCUACUUUACCAUGUAAUCAUUUUAUACUGUUAAAUGUCAAAGAACCAUAUGUUUAUAGGAGGCAUUCUUGCAAUUAUCUAAAUGAUGCAUGUUCUUCAGUAAAAUAUUUAUAUACCUAAAUGUUAAAGGAAAGAGAUAAUAUAUUUUUAUGACUCUUUGAGCAAUAUUUUAUAAUGUUUGCUUGCAGAAUGAAUUCUUUUGCAAGUAGACAAGGCCAUAAAUGUGCGCUGUCAUUAUUUUGUAAAGUGCAUGAUGAAUGUUUUUUGCUGUAAAUAGUUAAUCCAUUUCCUGAGUGAUUUAGAAACCUAAUGAUUUUUAGAUGCUGGUGUUCACUUAGUGCAGUUGUCUCAGAAAUGUGAAGAUAAUCAUUUUUGUUCCUGUAUCUAAUACAAGUAGAACUCAUUUACACUGCCAGAAUGAUCUUGAGCUUUGGUGUUUUUUGUUUUUCUUCAAAAUACAGAUUUGUGGCUCUGUGAAUUUCAGCUUAUUGGCUACUACCUUUUGGCCUAGUUAAGCCAUAUUGGGGACUAAAUAGUUCAAAUGACUAAUAGCAUAAUGAGCUUUUCAUCGUUAGGUCACUAGUUUAAAUUCUGCUCAGGUGUUCAGUAGAUAAAAGCUGUCUAGUCAGUGAUCAGUGUGAAAGGAACUCAGUCCUGUUACUCUUGGAUGAGUGUCAGUUGGCACUAAGUGAAACUGUGUUCAGUUUCAGCAUACACAGAAUUGCAUGGGCAUGGAGCUGAACUGUCCCUUCAACCAUAAAAGUUAUCCACUCAGGUCAAGAUUGAAGUAUCCUGGAGAGGAAGUGUGGAAAAUCUUGCAUUGCCUUUACUUUGUAGAUGGAGAUCUUCCAUCUCCAGUGCUAUAUGGCACUUCCCAUAAGCACUAAAUUCACUUUAAAGAAUGUAAUGAGUCUGUUUUUUGCUGUGGUUAUUCAAGAUAUAUCCACAAGUUUUCACUUGGUGUUCUUGGGCACAUAAAUUGACUUUUGUAGGUUCUGUUAGCAUAGCUAAAUUAUACUUUGUUCUGGGUGAAUCAUGUAAUGAAAAUGUCAAUCAUGCCUAUUUUGCCUGUUGAUAUGUGCACAUAAAUCCAUUCAGAAAAACAUUUAAGUGACAUUGUAACAAGCAUUAAAUAUUUACACUUUUUUACUGCAGUGCUCACUACUUUUGUCUUAAUCAUAAUCAAAAAUCCCCAUCUGAUAUUAUUCCACACUUCUAAACUGUAUAUUCUUGGAAAUAGUAGUAUCACAGUUCUUACACACAGUCAAAAUAAAUCUGGUAUACUUACAAAAGUAAGGUAGGUUUCAACUGGAUGGCUACUUAUCAGUGAGGUAUAAGGCUCAUAGGGUAAUCAUACAACUGGGAUUUACUAACCUUUGGAUCCUUGCAGACUCCUCGAUGUCUCUAAUCAACUAUGCAUAGGUGCAGUACUAGCUAAUUCUGAUGCCGGAUCAGGCCAGUAGUCUACAUCUGAACUUAACAGAUCUAUUUAACACACAUGCUUCAGAGGAAUCCGUCUCAAGGCACACGUAUUUUGGUUAGGUCAGCAUCUGUUUCCAUCAGCAGUUUGUGCAGAUUAAUAUGCUGUGUCUUCUGCCUAAGUAGGCAACCUUAUUUUGAAGUUGCCCUGUAUGCAUUUUUAUAAGGCUUCUAUUUUGGUCUGAAAGCAAAGAACCUAAAUGGAGAUACUUUCUUCAGGAGUUAGGGCCUGAUGGAUGACCAUGAGCAAGUUACUUCAUUGCCUUAUAACUCCAUUUCUCCACUUAUAAAAUGGAUAUAAUGAUACUCAUCUUUUUUUGUAAAGCAUUUUGAGAUCUACAAAAGAAAACAGCUACAUUAAGUGCUAGGUGCUCACUUCUAUUCCUUGUUCUAUAUAUCAAGUUAUAUCAACUCCAGCUUACUGGCUGAAACCUUCCCCAGCCUGGCAACUAAAAUUCCAAGACUGGCCAAGUGCAAGGUGUGUGCAUGCAAGCAAAUCUGGAAAUCUUCUAUUUCAUUUUCAGGUCUUAAAGCUGAAUAGAUUUAGGUCUCUAAAAGCCUGGAGAAGAAGGGGUCACCAUCUCACUUCAAAUUUUUUCUUCAGAUAAAGAUGACUUCUACCAAAAGCAGUUCUUCUAGAAGUAGGGUCUGACAGUUGACUAGCAUUGAUAUAGUGUGAUACAGUUAAAUCAAUAUCUCAGAUUACUGAAAUAUGUCAUUUGUUGUACGUAGUAGAGAACACAAUAGCUGAAGAUGUUCCAAAUGGAAAACAGUAGAAUUUCUACUGGCUAUAGACAUUCUUUCUACAUCUUCCUCAUUGCUUCCUUUAACCCCACACUUCUCCUUUCCUCUUACCUCCUACAAAAGUUGCAUGCCAAGAAUCUUAAACAGUACAUAUGUUGUGUGGAAAACCUAGUUUAUAUGUAUUUUGUACUUGACCAAAUGUUCAAUAAUUUUAAAGAUGACUUCCAAAGGGUGGGAAGGCUUGUACCUUUCUGCUGCUUUAUUGUAUGAUCAAAGGAAGUCUGAGUCUGUUUUUUUUUUUUCCCCCUGCUUGCUUUUUCACGUUUAAAAAAAUCAAGUUUUGUCUAUGCAAUUUUUCUGACCGAAUCUCUAAACUGGAGCAUUAUUUGAUUUAUGAUAGCAGAGAUGCAAAGGAAGUAAAACGUGAUUAGGUGUUGAAAAAUGAGUUACAUGCAAUCCAAAUAAAAUUUUCUCCUCAAUUGAACUCAGAUGACUAACAAAUCGCAUGAGUGUCUUUUGUUAAGAGUCAGACCUCCCUCGCCACAAAACACUUAAGAAUUUAGCAUUCCCAAUCUGGGACUUCUCUGAGAAUCCCAGCAAAAACCAGGAAGCAAAGACUAGAUACAGAUUUUUUU